AUGGAUAACGGAGUAUUUGUAGAAUCAAUAAAAGUUGUGGAUGAAUUUGAUAAUAUGAUCAAUAUUGAAGGGAAAAUAUUAAUAGAUAAAGUUGCUCACGGCAGAAAAAAUGUUUCAAUAGAUUACACUACUGAUCUUUGGGAAACAUAUUAUAACGUGGCUGCAAACAAAUCGAGUAGUGUUUCAUCAGAAAAAGACUUGUACAUUUUCAAACUUUCGAUCUUUAAAACCCCAAAUGCUCCACUUUACCUUGAAUUUGCAGUGAAAUGUGAUAUCGCUG